AUGUUUGGAAAUGCGCUGAAAAAUCUGAACGAUUAUUGCCAGGAGAAAUCGCAACGAUUGCGUAACUCUUUAUCACCAUCAAGUUGGUUUUUCAUAAUUUGUUUUUGAUUUCGUAUUUUUGUUCAAUGUAUUUGUGACUUGUGUCAAAAGUUUUUGCGGGGUAUCAAAUAAUCAUUAACCAUAUGUGUAGUUUGAACAAGUGAACACACUCAAUUUCAAAUUUGAACAGUUCAAAGUUGUUUUUUCGAAUGACUUGAAAAAAAAUGAUAUUCACUAGAAGCUUGAAUCUGAUUCUUAUCAUUUUUAUUUUCCCAAAUAUAUUUUCAAAAUAAAAUAUAUAUGAUUUAUAGGAUCAUCUCAAUCAUCUACUAACAUGUCACAAUCUGAAACUAACAGUGAAAUUCCAUCUCCACCCACUGAAAUGCAACCACAAAAUCCAGCAGUAUCACCAGAAAACAACAAAAAGGAGGGAAUGAGUCGAGAUGAAUUUCGAAAAUUUGGAAAAGAGACAGUCGACUAUAUUGUUGAUUAUUUGGAAACAAUUCAUAAAAGAAGAGUUGUUCCAGCAAUUGAGCCAGGAUAUUUGAAGGAUUUGAUACCACAAGAAGCACCAAAUCGACCAGAAUCAUUUGAAACUUGUAUGGAAGAUUUUGAGAAACUUAUUAUGCCCGGAAUAACUCAUUGGCAACAUCCAAGAUUUCACGCUUAUUUUCCGGCUGGUAAUUCAUUUCCAUCGAUUAUUGCUGACAUGUUGAGUGAUGCGAUUGGAAGUGUUGGAUUCAGUUGGGUAAGGAAACAUUUAUUAUUGAAAAUUGUUUAACAUAAGGUGUUUAUGUUUUCAGGCCGCCUGUCCUGCCAUGACUGAACUCGAACUUGUUGUCCUUGAUUGGUUUGGAAAAAUGAUCGGACUUCCUAAAGAAUUCCUUCCCUACACAGAAGAUGGAAAAGGUGGUGGAGUUAUCCAAAGUUCCGCAUCCGAAUGUAAUUUUGUGACACUUCUCGCUGCAAGAUUUGAAGUUAUGAAAGAACUUCGACAACGUUUUCCAUUCGUUGAAGAUGGUUUACUUCUCUCAAAAUUAAUCGCAUAUUGUUCAAAAGAAGCUCAUAGUUCAGUUGAAAAAGCUUGUAUGAUUGGUAUGGUGAAAUUGCGUAUUCUGGAAACUGAUUCCAAAUUUCGAUUGAGAGGCGAGACAUUGAGAAAUGCUAUUCAAGAAGAUCGGAAUCUUGGAUUGAUUCCGUUUUUUGUUUCAACAACUCUUGGCACAACUUCGUGUUGCUCUUUUGAUGUUUUAUCCGAAAUCGGACCGAUUUGCAAGAAUAAUGAGUAAGUUAGAUGGUUCCGAUCCAAAUUUUUGAAAUAGUUAACUUAAGAGGAAAUAUAGCCUUUUUUUGUAAAUGUUGCAGAAUAUGAUAUAUCUAAUCUGAAAAUUACAGUUUGUGGCUUCACGUUGAUGCGGCAUACGCUGGUUCGGCAAUGAUUUGCCCAGAAUUCCGCCCACUUAUGAAUGGAAUUGAAUAUGCAAUGUCUUUUAACACAAAUCCCAAUAAAUGGAUGCUUUUGAAUUUUGAUUGUAGUACAAUGUGGGUUCGUGAUCGUUUCAAACUCACUCAAGCUCUCGUUGUUGAUCCUCUUUAUCUUCAACAUAGUUGGGCUGGCGAAUCUAUUGAUUAUCGUCAUUGGGGAAUUCCGCUAAGUCGACGAUUCAGAUCGCUCAAAUUAUGGUUUGUAAUUCGAAUGUAUGGUGUUGAAGGACUUCAGAAAUAUAUAAGAGAACAUGUUCGAUUGGCGAAAAGAUUUGAAAUGUUACUCAAAAAUGAUGCGAGAUUCGAAGUUAUCAAUGAAGUUAUUAUGGGAUUGGUUUGCUUUAGAUUAAAGGUUUGUCAAAAAUAAUAUAAAUUGCAAAAAAGUUUAUUAAAUUAGCAUCCACUAAUUUGCUCUGACUUAAUAAACACCCAUUCGUCACCUUUUUUUCCUGCCAAAUGAGUGAAUGUAACUGGAUUGUCAGCUCUUGUUCGGUAAAAUGUGUUGAACUUAAGAAUGACACCUUCGAAUAAUUUAGAAACUAUCACAGGGUUCUCAUCCAAUACGGUUUUGUAUAAAUGAAUAUAGUUUGGCUGUACUUUAUCAUUCAAUUCAGGUGCACAUGAUUUGAGUUCAUAUUGUUCAUCAACUAAUCUUUUGGCACAUUCCCUUUCUUCCAUAUCGACACAGUUGAUUAAUUCAGUUCUCAAUUCCUCUGCAAUCUCAUUAGUUGUUUCAUCCGAAAAAACACUGACAACGAAAAGAAGAAAUAGAAUGAUAGAUUUCAUUAUUGAAUAUGAAUAUUGACAAUAAGUGACAGCCUCUUUUAAAACAAGUAUUUUUUUGUUGAUUUUUUGAAUAUUUCCCGAGACAUGUCUAGGGAAAGAAACGUGGCAUUUCUGUUUUUUGGAAUGCAAAAAAACCUCAAGAAAUAAUAUCCAAAAAAACUUACAAAGUAUAUUUUUUUGGUAUUUUUUUCAAGAGAAAAAUUAUAAAGUUUCUGACGAAAUAGAAUCAUCAUUGAGAAAUCAGAAUUCGAAAAUAUUUGUUCUGAAAAAUGUUUUCAUAUGUAUACCAAAUUCAGAACCUGGAAUUCCAGAUCAAAAUUAUUUCCACAAGGAAAUUCUCAAUGCGAAACAUUUUUCCAGGGAGAUGAUAAAAUCAACAAAUCCCUCCUGACAAUUUUGAACGCUUCCGGACGAAUUCAUAUGGUUCCGGCUUCGUUGAGCGAUCGAUAUGUGAUUCGAUUCUGUGUUUGUGCUGAAAAUGCGACAGAUAAAGAUAUUGACACGGCAUUUGAAAUUAUUGCACAAACUGCUGAACAUGUUUUACGUGAGUUCUUUUUUUUUGGAAGAAAUUCCGAAUUUCCAUUUUUCAGAUGAAAAUGCGAAAUCUUCAAUCGCUGAGGAAGAUGAGGAAGAAGCGGCUUUGGAAGAAAUGGUUCAAGAUUUGAAAAUUGCUGAGAAUACCAAUAUUUUCAUUUCGCCUGAAGAACCGGAACCUUUGAGAACUUUCAAGAGACAGGUUGGUUUUGGAAGAUGAAACUCAGGAAUUUUGAAAAAUUAAUAAAUUCUAGGAUUCAAUGCCCCAAAAACUCGAACGUCAACUAUCGAAAGAUGAACUUCUGGCACAAAAACAACAAGAAACAUUGGCGAAGAAAAGGUUAUUACCGAAAUUGUCGUUUAGUCCGGUGAAUGUGGAUCCCAAUAUUUUCAAGAAAAACGAAAAUGCGCCCCCGAAAACGCCUGAAAUUGUUGUUUUGUGAAAAGUUUUGCAUGUAUAUAGAGACUUUCUAUUUUAUUUUAAAUUUUUAUUGAUAUAUUUUUAAAGCAUGUUUUUUGUUGUGAGUAAAUUUGGAUUUUUUCAAGUUUUGCUUUUUUGUUAGAUCAUUUUUGGUGCGAAUGGUAUCGGAUCCAAAGUGUUAUAAUCCGAAAAUUGUACGACAUUUGAAUAUGGCGAAUCAUCGCAAAAUGAGCCAGGAUUUGUAUAGAGAUAGAACUAUGAUGUAAGGAUUUUUUCGAGAUGUUCAGAAAAAAAGCAUUUUUCAGGCAAGCAAUAAGCCAUGGUCAACGUCCAAAUCGUCUUUCCCAAUCGCCAAUCGGCACAUCAUUGAACUGGGAAACUGAAGAUGAAGAUCGAAUUGUUGCUGAAGUUCAGACUGGAGUUCAAACUCCACUUUAA